AUGAAGCCCCAACGGUCAUCUCCUCCAUCAUUGUCUUCUUCACCUGAGCCCUUAGGAGAGGGGUUUUCAUUACUUGCAUGUCCUUCUGAAAUCACUACCUGGAAAUCGAAGAAGAAGGAUAUGCGAGCACCUCCAAGGGAAGGGUGGAAGGAAAUGGGUGGUGGGUCUCAAAGUUGUGGCUCGUAUUCUGGUUCACAGAGGAGGAAGGGGGGUCCGUUGUGCGAUUGUGGUUUUGAGGCUCCUGCUGUUACAUCCUGGACUGGUGAGAACCCUGGGCGAAAAUUUUAUGGUUGUGGACUGUUCAAGAUUCAUGGCAAGAGAGUAUGCAGGUUCUUUGUAUGGUAUGAUGAAUAUCAUGGACUAGGAAAAUAUGACAAGUCUGAUGAAGAAAAUGCAAGGGAGAAGAAAAUUAUUGGUUCACUGUUGAGGAAGAUUGAUGCUAUGAAGAAGAAGGAAAGGCUUUUGGAGAUUUCAUUGGGGACUUGUAUUGUUUUGAUCAUGGCUUUGAUCAUUCUGUUGGUUUUUGCUGUUGUAUUCAAAUAGGGGAAAUUAGGUCCACUGUAAU